AUGCCUCCCCUAAGCACCCACAAGUUUAAUGUCCUCGUUGUCGGCGGCGGUCCAGCAGGCCUGAUCGCCGCAGCCGCCCUCGCGCAUGAAGGCCAUCAAGUGACGGUCCUCGAGCGGCAGCCCGACCUCCGCACGCAGGGCGGCAUGCUCAUCAUCCAACCUGCCGCCGUCCGCGCGCUAUGCCACAUUGGCGGCGCGGCCGAGGCCCUGGGGCAGAUCGCCGUGCCGGGGGACAAGUUCUACUGGUGGUCGCACGGGGACGACAGGCCCUUUGCGAGCAUGGCCACGCCGCCCAUCUCGGAGAUUGAUCGUGUGCAGACGGACCGUCCCGCGCUUCAGCGAGUAGGGUACAAUCUGGCGGUGGACGCGGGCGUCUUUGUCUUGUUUGGGAGGAAAGUGGUUCGUGUAGAUGACCAGAAACCUGCUGUCUGGACAGAAGAUGGCGAAGAGUUCCAGGCGGAUAUGAUACUUGGUGUUGAUGGGAUAAAGUCAACCAUUCGUCGCUUGAUAUUUCCUGACAAGGACGUGGAACCGAUUCCCACGCGGGAGUGUAUCUUUCACGCAGACGUGUCCAUCCCAUCUCUCGUCACAGACCCGCUCGUGGCUGAUUUCUUGAAACCCGGCGCUCUUCACGCCACCCUGGGCCCUGGGAAAUUCGCCAUUGGCCGACAGACUACGCACAACUCUUUCGGGAUGCUCUGUAUCGACAUCGAUCAUGGACCGCCGGGGCCCGUGAACGGAGCAUGGAACACGCCAGGUGAUGUUGGUCUGCUAAGAGAACGCUUUUCCAAAUUCAACAGGCCGUUUCGAGCCUUUCUGGAGCAUGUGACCGAGUGUUCCAAGUGGCAGAUCGCAAACGCAGCCGAGCUAGAGACGUGGAGAAGUCCCAGUGGAAGAGUGCUUCUUAUUGGAGACGCCGCGCAUGCUAUGGUGCCCCAUGCUGCACAGGGAGUGAGCCAGGGCAUAGAAGACGGCAUCGCAAUCGCGAGGCUUUUGAGAUGGGCCAGGCGGCCGGAUGACAUCCCUUUCAUCAGCGAGUCAUUCGAGACGCUGAGGAGACCACGGGUCGAUAGAUUCGUCAAGCAGUCUCUAGAGAACGCCGCGAAGCACAGCCUGGAUGAUGGCCCGGAGCAGAAAGCACGCGACGAAGGAAUCAGGGAGAUGAGUAAGAGACGGAUCACGGUGGACUGGAAAAGCAUCCAACCAGAUAAGAAUGCCAAUCCACCAUCGCCAGCGUUCAUGAUAUGGGUGGCUGGCUACAAUGUAAUGGCCGAGGUAAGCUAA